AUGUUCGCUGCCGUGGUAUUUACACUUGCUGCCGCUUCAAUGGCUUCGGCGCACUUUGCGCUCGAUUACCCGACAUGGCGAGCCGACACUCUGGAGAACACCUCGUAUUCGCAGUGGGAAUACCCUUGCGGAGGCGUUCCGUACGGCGUCGGUAACCGCACCGACUGGGCCAUCGGCGGUGGUUCUCUGAGCCUCGACUUGCACCACCCAUGGUCGUACCUGUACGUCAACCUCGGCCUGGGGGAGAACGUCACCAACUUCAACGUCUCUCUCACCCCGAGCCUGACCAACGUGACGGGCAACGGCACCUUCUGCAUCCCGCAGCUUCUUAUCCCGGUUUCCAUUAGCGAUGGCCAGAGUGCCACUAUCCAAGUCGUCACCAGCGGGGCCUCGGGUGCGGCUAUGUACAAUUGUGCCGACAUCACGUUCCGCUACGAUGCACAACUGCUGUCUGGUGACGACUGCACCAACAGUACCGGAGUCUCGGCCGCCAUCGUGGACCAGUCACCAACAACAAGCCAGUCAGCUUCGACGCCGACGCCCACAGGUAGCGCAGCUGGGGCAGUCAACACUGGAGGAGUGGCUCUGCUGGGAGCUCUGAGUUUUGCGGGAGCUUCCAUGAUGGGACUGGUGCUAUAG